GUCAAUCUAGGGCACGCCGCCGCACUCGCACUCACCGUUGAUUCCUCGUAGUCGCGCCAUGGAGCAAUCUAAGUCGAUGUCGAUGUGCACCCCGGAGACGCCGCAGGUCACCCACGUGUUCGACAUCUUUGGUUACAGCAAGCACAGAGGCAUGGGCAACGAGAAGUUCAUCAGGUCCGAUACUUUCUCCGCCGGCGGCAACGACUGGUCCAUCCGCUUCUACCCGGACGGGUUCAGCAAAGAGUCGUCUUCGGUGCACAAGACAGAGUUGAGGACCUUCAACCCAGCUGACGGCACUAGGUUUUUUCCCCGGACCAAUGAAUUCAAAAAGAAAAGGGAUGUCAAGUCCGCGUUCCUUUUGAACGAUCGCCUCAUGAUCGAGUGCAUCGUCACUGUCAUCAAAGAGCCGCGCGUGACCGAAUCCAAACCGUUCCCCAAAAUCGAGGUGCCGGUGCCACCGUCCGAUAUCACCGAGCAUCUCGGCAAGCUUUUCGAAGACGAUGAGGGAUUCGAUGUCACUUUCUGUGUUCGAAGAAAGGCCAUCGGAGCUCAUAGGUCCAUACUCGCCGCCCGGUCACAUGUCUUCAAAGCGGAGCUCUUCGGGCCGAUGAAGGAGGCGAGGACACUGCGGCGCGUUACCAUCAAAGACAUGCAACCCGAUGUUUUCAGCGCCCUACUCCAUUUCAUUUAUACAGACUCUUUGCCUGAUGGUGAUAAGAAUGCUGACAUGAUCCGGCAUUUACUAGUGGCUGCAGACAGAUAUGCCAUGGAGAGGCUCAAGCUGGUUUGCCAAAGUAUCCUUUGCCAGAAUCUGAACGUCGACACCGUGGCAACCACAUGGGCUUUGGCUGACCAGCAUAGCUGCGACAAGCUUAAGGAUGCUUGCCUUGAGUACAUCGCUUGUUCAAAUGCCAUGGAUGCUGUGGUGGAAACCCAAGGCUAUAAGAAUCUCAAAGUGACUGACCCGUCUCUCAUAGUGGAUCUGUUGGAGAGUACAAAAAAGAUUCGCAAUGCAUGAGUAGCUCAUCAUCAUCAUCAUCAUCAUCAUAAGAAUCUCAAAGUGACUGACCCGUCUCUCAUAGUUUAGUCUUGAAGUUUGAUUUAUCAGGUUGCAACUGAUUUUAGCCAUCGAUCGGAUGAAUAUACAGACUGAGUGCUUUUUUUUUUGCAAGUUUGAGAUUUUCACUGCAUCAAAAUUAGUGUUCAUCUUCAGCAAAA